GGAAAGGGGCGAGGGAGGGAGGGAAGCGCCCAGUCAAGUCAUUUUUUAAAAAAAAUAAUAAUAAUUAAAAAAAGAUAAAUCCUUUCGCCUGUGCGUUGUAAUUGUUUCUAUAGAGAGAGAGAGGGAGAGGGAGAUAAAAGAUUCUAUAAGCAAUAAUGUCCGGCGACGGCAGUUCGGAGCAGGCUCCAGAAUAUGUUCCUGAGAAGGUGAAGAAGGCGGAAAAGAAAUUAGAAGAAAAUCCAUAUGACCUUGAUGCUUGGAGCAUUCUCAUACGAGAGGCACAGAAUCAACCCAUAGACAAAGCGCGGAAGACCUAUGAGCGGCUUGUCACCCAGUUCCCAAGCUCUGGCAGAUUCUGGAAACUAUACAUUGAAGCCGAGAACUGCAACCUCAGGCCACAUAGUACUCCUGCUCAUGAGGAGUCCGUUUUACAGUCAAAGAUAAAAGCAAAAAACUAUGACAAGGUAGAAAAGUUGUUUCAGCGAUGUCUUAUGAAGGUUUUGCAUAUUGAUCUAUGGAAAUGUUACCUGGCCUAUGUACGGGAGACUAAAGGCAAACUUCCCAGUUACAAAGAGAAGAUGGCUCAGGCGUAUGACUUUGCGUUGGAUAAGAUUGGCAUGGAGAUCAUGUCCUACCAAAUUUGGGUUGAUUACAUAAACUUUUUGAAAGGAGUAGAAGCAGUGGGGUCCUACGCGGAGAACCAAAGGAUUACAGCCGUCCGGCGAGUAUAUCAGCGAGGCUGUGUCAAUCCGAUGAUAAAUAUUGAACAGUUAUGGAGAGAUUAUAAUAAAUAUGAAGAGGGUAUUAAUGUUCACCUGGCCAAGAAAAUGAUUGAGGAUCGGAGCCGAGAUUAUAUGAAUGCUCGACGGGUGGCAAAGGAGUAUGAGACAGUCAUGAAAGGUCUAGAUCGCAACGCACCAUCAGUGCCGCCACAGAACAGCCCACAAGAAGCACAACAGGUUGAAAUGUGGAAAAAAUAUAUCCAGUGGGAAAAAAGCAACCCACUAAGAACAGAGGACCAAACGCUAAUCACUAAAAGAGUCAUGUUUGCUUAUGAACAAUGUUUGCUAGUUUUGGGACAUCAUCCUGACAUUUGGUAUGAAGCUGCCCAGUACUUGGAGCAAUCUAGCAAACUGCUCGCUGAAAAGGGGGAUAUGAACAACGCAAAGCUGUUCAGUGACGAGGCUGCUAACAUAUACGAGAGGGCUAUCAGCACUUUGUUAAGGAAGAACAUGCUGCUUUACUUUGCCUAUGCAGACUAUGAAGAGAGUCGAAUGAAGUAUGAAAAGGUGCACAGCAUAUACAAUAGGCUCUUAACUAUUGAAGAUAUCGAUCCCACGUUGGUGUACAUCCAGUACAUGAAAUUUGCACGGAGAGCAGAAGGCAUCAAGUCUGGUCGAUCCAUUUUUAAGAAAGCCAGAGAAGAUGCUAGAACACGCCACCAUGUCUACGUAUCUGCUGCGCUCAUGGAGUACUACUGCAGUAAAGACAAGGCAGUCGCCUUCAAGAUUUUCGAGCUGGGGUUGAAGAAGUAUGGGGACAUUCCAGAGUACAUAUUGGCUUAUAUUGACUAUCUUUCUCAUCUUAACGAGGAUAAUAAUACCAGAGUUUUGUUUGAACGUGUGUUGACGUCAGGAUCUCUACCACCUGAGAAAUCUGGAGAAAUCUGGGCACGAUUUCUAGCCUUCGAGAGUAAUAUUGGCGAUCUCGCCAGUAUCCUGAAAGUGGAAAAGAGGAGGUUUGCUGCUUUUAAGGAGGAAUAUGAAGGGAAAGAAACGGCUUUGCUGGUGGACAGGUACAAGUUCAUGGACCUGUUUCCAUGUUCAAACAGUGAACUGAAAGCCCUUGGAUAUAAGGACGUUUCCCGUGCCAAAGUAACCGCCAUGAUUCCAGAUCCUGUCGUGGCUCCUUCUAUUGUGCCAGUGAUGAAGGAUGAAGUGGAUCGAAAACCGGAAUAUCCUAAACCCGACACUAAUCAGAUGAUACCAUUUCAGCCUAGACAUUUAGCUCCUCCGGGUCUCCAUCCUGUCCCUGGUGGAGUGUUUCCUGUACCCCCGACCUCAGUACUACUUAUGAAGCUGUUACCACCGCCAACAUGUUUCCAGGGGCCAUUUGUCCAAGUUGAUGAACUCAUUGAGGUUUUGAGACGUUGCCAGUUACCAGAAACUGUUGAGCAAGCUGUGGAGCUGAUCACCGGUAGUCAGCCAGAAAGCAUAGUUGAAGGAAACGGGCCUUUAGAAAACGAUGCAGUGAUGAAAAAGUCAUUAAAAAGGGCAGCAAACGAAGAUUCUGAUGAUGACGAGGAAAAAGGAACUGUAGCCCCCCCUGUACAUGAUAUCUACAGAGCACGUCAGCAGAAGCGAGUCCGGUAAACUAGUUCGUUAUGGACUGUUACACAUUCAAAGAACUGAAUUGUCAUUUCUUAAAAAUGUCAAGACACGAGCUAUGUCUUCACUUGCCUGUGGAAAUAAGACUGUGCUUUCACUGUUGGUGCCUCAUUCAAAUACGUUUAAACCCACUUGGAAUGAAAAAGAUGGAUAAAAUCUUGUUACUUGAAUGAAAAUUUCAUUUUUUUUCAAAAUGCUCAUGUUUUGAGUAGAUUUAAAAAUAAGUUUGGUAUUGAAAACCAGGGCAGCACAAACACACACAGUGCAAACAUUUCAACUGCAAUCUCGUUCCUAGCAAGUGCGCUGUAAAAUGCAACUAAUGAAUUAUUUGCGAUUUGUUUUAAUUGUCAGUUUCAUUUUAAAAAACUGGAUGGUAAAAAUUCUCAAUUCUAGAGAGAAUUGUAUUUUAAUAAGACCACAUUAUGAAGAGACUCAAGUCCGAUUUUGUCAUGUGGUUAUUCUUGCCAAGUCUCAUUUUACCAUUAUUUAUGGCAACCUGUUUUCUUUUGUAAUUGACAGCCUGAACACCAAUCUUUGUAAUAAAGGUAGAAAAUACAUUUAAUGUUA